AAUCGUUCCUUCCGCAGAAUUUGAAACGUGUUUCGGUCUAUUAAAUUGCUAGAUAAAGGAUGCCCUGGUUUAAUUUCCAUCGAUCCGACCAAUUCUUCGAUGAGAAAAAAAAGGGAAAGAAAGAAAAAUAUCCAAUUAUAUCUCAACGACAAUUUCUCUCCUCGAUGUGAAGAAAAUAAGAGCGCAGAAAAGUACAGGUCCAAAAAUCAUCCCCACCACGGAACUCGUGAUUCCAGAGGAACCACUUGUGGCUUCCACGCGUUACAUCGCGUCUCCGGACCGGGAUGUUUCCGCAACGAGGAGCAGUCCGCAAAGCGCGGCCAAAGAUAAGCGAUAUCAUCCGCAACAACAGAAAUAUUGAUACAUUAAUUGUGUUGUAUUAUUAUUGUGUUGUAAAUUUGCGUAGAAAAGAAAUUGGAUUCAGGUAGCUCGGUUCCAGCUCGAACGUUUCUCGAUUGUUCUGUUUCAGAAUCGUUUCGCUCGCACGCGAGCGUCGUCGUCCCUCGUUGCGUGGUAUUUUCUAUCCGUCUUCGUCGCUCGUUCCGCCCAAGAGGUGUCUCUCUCUCUCCCCUUCCUUCGCCCGCUCAUCGAUUUGCGAAUCGCUCGGUCCUUGUCGCGGAACAGGUCAGACCUUUCUUUUCUCGCCUCUUUGUUAUUUCCGUGGUCGAGAAAUUUCCAAGGACACGCAUUUUCUCUCUCUCUCUCUCUCUUCUCUCUUCUCCCCUGAAAAAUAGUGCUCGUCUCGAAGUGACCGACCGAAGUUCCAACGCGAAAGGUUAUCGAUACGGUUACGUAUUUCUCCGGCCGGCGGGGAAUUAAACGAUAAGGCCUACUUGUAAAAUUCCGAUCCUUUCGAAAAUACAUCGGCAGUGCAAACAGAUCAUUUGCAUCGAAUCAUUUUCUCCGUCCUCCUCCUCGUUUCCUUUUUAUUAAACUCGUUCGUCGUAGUAAAGAAGCGGUCACGUGGUCUAUUUGAAUGAAAUGAAAAAUUGUUUAUAAUUAUAGAACUAUAGUUGCAGGGAAAUUAUUUGGAAAUUAUAUGAAAAUUGUCUAGUUUAUUUAAUUAGGAUGUAUCGAUGAAUUGAUAUGUAAUAUGGAUAAAAAAGAUAUACGAAAUCUUUUGAAACCCAAAUAAAAAACAAUAUUUGUAUAAAUAACGAGAAUCUCGGGACGAUAUGAAUAGUUUAUAAAAAGAAAAAGUUCGGUUUUUUGCAAAUCGAGAAGAUAACCGCGAUUGCCACUGGUUGAAAAUUUAUUAAAAUUUCAAUUUUUAACGAUAGAGAGCAAAAGAGGAGAGUGUAGUGUAUUUAUUCCUUAAAAAAAAAAAAAAAGGAAAAAAGAAAGAAAGAAAAAAUAAACAAUUAUCGGUUUCCAGAGUUUCAAAUUUCGAGAUUUUCCAAUAUUAAACGAAGUUUCGAAUCCCAAUUUCCCAACGAAUCUAAAUAUCAAAUUUCGAUUCAUUUUUUAGAAAAAGGAUCGAUCACCAAAACGUUAGAUAAAUUUCAAUAUUAAAUUCCCAAUAGCUUAGAGAAGAAAAAAAAAUGUUAUUUUCGAACGAAAAUAACAACUGGAAAUUGCCGAUCGCGCGAUAGGUUAUUCGGAUGCGAAUAAUCCGGCAAGGUUGCGCUCGGUACACAUCGUCGAUAUUCGGACCUUUCCGUUUCCUUCGCGUCUCUUAUCACCGAUUAAUGACGCACGCCGCCGCCGCUGCAUCCAGACUCUCGCAAAACAAAUCCCCACCCCAGCCCAGUUCCAUAAAAUCGUAAUAUCGGUUGCAUAGGAGAUAGCUAGUGAAACUCGGUGAAUACGUACGCGCGAAUGGUAAGGCGACGGCCUUAAAGCGAGGAAAGCUUGACGCGAGAAAAAUAAAGCGAGAGAAAAGAGGGGUCGAAGCUUAAGUGUAAGGUCUCCUUCCCGGCUGAACGUAUAUACACGGUACGCGUAGAGAGGAGGGGGGAGGCAGAGAGAGAGAGAGAGAGAGAGGACAAGGCGGCGCGGGGCAUAGGUUGAGAUCGCAUCGCAUCGGUAUCGCAUCGGAUCGCGCGUCCUAUCGUAUCGUUUCGUAUCGUAUCGCAUCGUAUCGUAGGAAGAAAAGCGAUGGUGGGGGGUGGUGGUUGGCGAUGGCAAGGCGGGGAGGGGACGGCGUCGGCCUAAGAAGGGGCUCUGGCAAGGGGAGGAAAAAGCUAAAAGGAGGAGGGAUACACAUCGAACGAACGGAGGAAAAGGAGGCAGUGGCGGCGGCGAUGGCGGCUGGUCGAGCAGGGGUAGGCGAGACGGGGGAGGCCAGAAGAGACACAGAGGACGGUUCCGUGGCAUUUGUAGCAUUGGGAAACACGUGAGACACAGCAUCGUCAGGGACAAUCGUGAUCGAGGUGGACGUUCAAACUCGCGCGUAAAUGCUUCGAAGGCCAUCGUCUUGGAACCAUUCGUCCGGUUGACAGGGAGCCGGGUUGGUUUCACUUCGAGAACGAGCCCAAAGACUGACUCUGCAUCGACCAAUACCUAGUGGGGGAAGAAGGAAGGCCGAGAGGGAUUAAGGUGAGGCGAAGAGGAAGGAAACGGAUCUAAGCGGCGAACGGUUGGUUGAAUUGCCAGGUCCGCGCAUGCUUCAGCAACGAGGCAGUUCAGUAACGACACCUCCCGCGACGUCAUCCUCCAACAUGUUCCCUCAACAGUAUUGCCUACGAUGGAAAUACCAUCACAGCAAUCUACAGACCAUGUUCUCACAGCUGCUCGAGCGGCAAGCUUAUUGCGACGUCACUCUGGCCUGCGAGGGCAAAACUCUCAGAGCGCACAAGGUGGUUCUGUCAGCGUGCAGCACGUACUUCGACACGAUUUUGUCCCAGUACGAGGAGAAGGACCCCAUUGUCAUAAUGCGGGACGUCAAGUUCUCAGACAUCAAAGUGCUGGUCGAGUUCAUGUACAAGGGAGAGAUUAACAUCGACCAUACGAGAUUGUCGUCCCUGUUGAAAACCGCGGAGGAUUUGCACAUCAAGGGUUUGGCCGAGGUGAGCUGGCGCAGCGAUUCGACGCAAAAUGAUCUAGGAAAUAGCGGCCACAGUCCUGGGGCGGCGACUCCAGGCGUCGAGACGGUCCUCAGGGAAGGAGACGCUGACGAACCGCCACCUCCAAAGCAGAGACGCAGAGGGCGCCCGCCUCUGGACGAUCCACCCUCGUCUCACGACGUCUUCACACCGAAAAUCACAUGUAUCACCGGAAAUGUACGUCAAUCACCGAGAGAUUUCUUUGACGCGCCUGUUCAAACCUCCUCGAUUUCCCAGGAGGAAAUGAUGAGCGAGGGCGGUGACCACGAGAGUUGGGACGACGAGAUGAUGAUGAACGAAAAUAACGAAACGCCACUGCCGGUGCUAUCGUACAUGUCCAAGGAUGACAACGCGUCCGACCAGGAAAAGAAAGCGCCUACCACUCCCUCGAAUUCCAACGCCACGAAUCCAUCGAUCCCCGAGCAAUUCCGAGACGUCGUGAAGAUGAACGAUUACCUGACGACGGGACGCCGCCAAGAGUUCUGGGAGGAGCCGUUCACGCGACGCGUUAUGGAUGCCAUCAAGAGCAAAGAACUGGAAAUGAAGACUGCCGCCGAGAUACUUGGCGUCUCCUACGGAACCCUCUAUGGCAGAUAUCGCGACAGUUAUGGUUGCCUUAAACAUCCGUAUAGAGUAAGGGACUUUUGGUCAGAGCCGGGGCCAGCGGAAGUGUUAGCCAAACUGCGAAGGAAGGAGAUCACGUUGUUCCGUGCAGCCGAGUUCCUCAAUGUGACCGUCCAUACGUUGGCUACUUAUCUGUCGACGCUACAGGGGCCGGACAGAAUCUCGUUGGCGGGCGACUUGAGCGUUGCGUCGGGCGCGAUCGACGGUAACAACGAGACGGCCGAGAACAACGAGUCCGUGAACGACAUAUUGCAAAAGAUCAACGCGAACGCGGCCACAACAGCGACACCGACUACCUCGACGCCUAUCAAGAGAGAGGGAGGGGGGUACAUCGAGGUGCCGACGCCCGUCCCGAAACCAGCGACCUCUGUACUCGAGAACAAUCCGGACAUCACGAUCGUGAAGACGGAGAGCAUGCCGCGCAAACGGGAGUACGCGAAAGUCUCGAACACGGAGAACAACAAUGCGAAACUGAUGAGUGGUGGGGCUGUGAGCGAGGUGACGCAACAACAGCAACAGCAGCAGCAGCAGCAGCAGCAGCAAAAGAUCACCGACCCGUUGUCGUUGAACAACGACAACAGCAAACCCUAACUAUUCAGGCCUUAUCUGCAACCGGCAAAUCCCCGUGCACCGAGCGCUAACUACAGAUCCGAUCUGUGCCCUCGAAGAUUCUAUUCGAACGUGUUUACUCGCUUCCUUACGAAUUUUCAUUUGAAAUAGAAGGUACGAAGGUGAAACGCGUUCCGCUGUCCAUGUAAUUAUUUGUCCGUCGUGAUGUAUCGUGAUGUCAUCGUUGCAGCAGUUUUGCCCUUCCUCCGUUGUGGCGCUCCACGCGCGGCCAGCCGACGCCAUUUUUUCGUAGCUUUAGACAAUCCCGCGUGUACGAUCGUGUCGACAUCAUGUGGCAUAGGCAGGAGUCGCGUGCAAAUGUCGGGCAAAACUGUGCGGCUGCGAGUAAACUGCGGAUAAACGAGGGAUAAUCUAUAAAUUAAACGGAUCUAACAAACAGGCCGACAUAUUUGUCGAUGAUAAACCUCGCGAAGCGAGGAUUUGUGUUCGGUGAUCCUGCCUUUCUCCGGGAUCCGGCUCGAUUCUAUCCCGUUGCACGAAAGCAACGCCAGCCGCGUUAUAUUUUCCGAAUGAAAACGAACAGAGUGCGUCGAACUAGAGAACGAUUCCUUCUUAAGAAAUUAGUACCUAGCGAUACGGUUCUUCGUUACUUCAAAAUUGGUUCGCUUAAUCCAAAGUCGGUAGCGAUUAUUGAUCGUGUUUGGCCUUCGUGACAAGGAACAAACAAAGAAGAAAGGGAAAAAACAAAAAGGAAGAAAAGAAAUGAAUGAAAGAAAGAAAGAAAGAAAGAAAGAAAGAAACGUGUAAUAAAGUUCAAUCGAAGUUCCUUUUGAAUAACGAUGUAGGGUGUAUCGCGAAAAAGAAUGCCUAGACUAUUUUCUGCCGCAUGUGUCUGUAUGGUAGCACGUAAAGAGCGACAAUAUUAUUCACCCGUAGACCCAUCAGUAUAGUGAUCCCAGAGUAACAAACUCCUUCGAGAAUAGAUAUGUUUCUCGUGCGGUUGUCGUUUUCAAACAAAUAAUUUGCACGAGCGUAUAUUUCAAGCGGUAUAUGAAAAUACACUUUUGCAACGGGAGCCUUAAAUCCUUUGAGUGCUAAAAAAAAAACAUUUUACAUAUGCGAUUUAUGCCGCAAGAUUAAUCAUUAGAUAUAUAUAUAUAUAAAUAUAUAUAUUAUUAUAUACAUCGGUCAUUUUUCAAAGCAUAUCGCACGAUGUCGAAAUUUAUCUUUUUUUUUUUCGAUCGGUGUGAUUUUUCUCAGUCUCAAGGGAUUCAUCCGCGGAGACGAUCUUUUCCUCGCUAGGAAUCCUCGAUUUUACAGCCAACGUUGAAACGUUGACGAACGCGUUGAAAAUUCAUUGCGUAAAUGAAUGGAUAUGUAAUCAGUACAAUUCUAUUUUCUUUUUUUCUUUCGCUCACUUUCUAUCUCUACUUUUCUCUCUGCCUCCCUUUCACUCUGUUUUUAAAACAGUAUAAUAUAGAAUUUAUAUAUUGCACUUAUAUAGAUGAUAUUUUUUUAGAAAAGAAAAAUUCGUUUAAGCGUAUACGCGAGCUUUCUUUCCUCCUUUUUUGUUUUCUUCUUUUUUUUUUUUUUUUUUUUAAUUUUUUAUUUCUUUUUUUUUUUAUGUACAUAUACAUAUUAUUACGUUGUUGAUAUUUUAAGUGGCUUUUAUACAAGCAAUUGCUGAUCGAUAUCAAAGAUCGCUUUAAAAGAAGAUAACACGUAUAACGUCCAUUGUAAAUAUUGGUGCAAUAGCAAGACCUAAAAUUAAUUAAUCUUAUUUGUCACAGAGUGCGUUUAAUCGCUAUUUUAAAGAAAGAAAGAAAAAAAAUGCAAAGACAAAGGUGAAACGAAGAAAGGACAUACAGUUUUUGUGUCGUGCAAUUGUGUUUCGUAUCUUCUGGCCGUAAAAGUGAGGUUAGAAGACACGAAAGGGAAUUAAAAAAAAAAAAAGUCGAGGGAAGAUAAUUCAAAAGAUAUAUCCAUGUGACGAUUCCCGUUAAUCAAUCGAUAUAAUGCCUUGUUGGUGCGUGCCAACUUGGAAAAAUUUACGUUUAAAUUUUACUUUCAUAAAAAAAAAAAUUGUUCGAGGCACAGUUGUUUAUAUCGUGUCUAAGCGAGACUAGUAGACGUGAAACGAAAAAUUAAGUCGCACGCGCGCAAUAUUAAACCGUACUCCACGAGAUAUUUCAACUGGAAAAACUUUGAGUAUUCCUGUUCGCUGAAGGUAACAAAGCAAAACAAAACAAACAAACAAACAAACAAACAAAAAAACACUAAGUAAGAAGUAAUAGUAUAGUAGAGGUAUUCUCGAUAUGAUAUUUUUCGACGAUAUAAGACUUAGUUACGUUGAGAGGACUCAUGCAGAGAAGGGUACUUGUAAAGUAAUCCAGAGGAAAAUGUAUUUGUGAAAAACCGGACGCACACAAAGGAAGAACACACAGUGUCGUAGAGAAGGGUAGUAAUGAGGAGAGAUCGAAAUGAUUAAAAAAAAAAAAAAAGAAAAAAAAAAGUGG